AGAGAUCUAAUGAGUAUUUACAAAGAACCGCCACCUGGAAUGUGUGUUGUUGCUGAUGACAAGGAUGUCACAAAGGUGCAGUAUCAUUACUACUACAUUUUUGUUUAAUGAUGAAAGAACAAUUUUAUGGACAUGCUCACUUAUUUUUUGGAUUGAUUGCUUUUGGUCUGGGCAAUAAAUGUUACUGUUGUUAGUAUAUUACAUGCUCAAAUAAACUUACAAAAGAACACAAAGUCUUUUUUGCUUGCAAGAUUUAUUGAAUUUUCAUGGUACUGUAUGCAUUGUUAAAGAAAUACAACUGACCAAUCACCUAUGACUUUGGCCGAAAGCUGUAUUGUGAUUAACUGAAAAAUCGCUAAUUUAUACUGCAUAUACAGGGUGUAUAAAAAAACCUGCACAGUUUGAAAAUGUUCGCUAAACUGGAAAUUCCGCAAAAUUUGUGAAAACAUGGGUAGUUUGGAGUCUGUUGUAUCUUUACCACUAAAAUUAUUUUGAAAAGUAAGUUUUGAAAGAGUCCAGGUAGGUUGUUUUAAAAACCACUCUAAAAAUGGCUUGCACACAAAAAGAGAAGGCUUAAACACAAUUUGAAUUCAUAGCGUGCAAGAUUGGAGGGUGGUUUAUGAACAUUCAAAGUUUGAUGUAUGCUAAUUCUAACACAUGCAACCCCUAAAGCUUGGACUUUUACCCGUGUUAGCUGUUCACGCACAAUUUAUUGACUGAUUUUAUGCCUGAUUGAUUUUAAAAAUUAUGUGUGAAAGACUACUAUGGAAAAAGUCCAAGUUUUAGAGGUCGCUUGUUGGACUUAAUAUGUCUGGUACUUUGAUCAUUUAUAAAACACCUUCUAAAUUUACACCCUAUAUGAAUUCAAAUUGCGUUUUUUGCCUUGCAUUUGGGGGAAAAGCCAUUUUUAAAGUGUUUUUUUUUUAAACAAACCUCCUGCCCUCGAAAAUUUACUUUUCAAAAUAAUUUUAGUGGUAAAGGUAUUACUGUAUUUUGCGGAAUUUGCAGUUUGGCGAAAAUUUUUGAACUGUGCAGUUUUUCAUACACCCGCGUUGUAUAAUUUUCAAAAUCAUGACAAGUUUUUAACAAGAUUCUGCAGGUCUUGCCGAAUUUGUGCCUGACAUCUCAUGGUGCAGUAGGGCUUGUGGAACAGUGACACUGUCCAAAAUGCAGUCUAGUCAUUGUUUUUGCCAGUGGAAAUUACAUACGACAGUAGUUCUCUAUUCAAUUUCAUUGUUUGUUUAAAAAAACUGAUUAAUUUAAAAAAGAUUAAAAAUACAAAAAAGAGAAGAAGAGGAUUUUGAUACCUGUGUUGCCGUAUGUUAUGACUCUAAUAUGUUGGCCAUCACUUUGAUGUCCAAAUUCUGGUAUCUAAACCGUGGUGACGUGGUCGUCUUGUUUGUUUUUUAAAAUUGUAGAUUCAUGCAUUAAUAACAGGACCAUUCGAUACACCAUAUGAGGGUGGAUUUUUUUACUUCAUUAUUCGCUGUCCACCAGAUUAUCCCAUCCGACCACCUCGUGUUAAAUUCAUGACAACUGGUCAAGGACAAGUAAGGUUCAAUCCAAAUUUAUACAAAAAUGGAAAGAUCUGUUUGAGUAUUCUUGGGUACGUAUUAAAUCUAUUACAUUUGAAGGAACACUAAAUAGUAAAUUAGCACGUAAUUGCAUUUUACUCGCCUUAAAGGUGAAUGAUUUUACUCGUCACAGGAGAGUCCUCUCCUAUAAGGCACUUUUUUUAAACAAAGCAAUUUGAUAGCUUAUAUACGUGUUCAUUAAAACAUCUACGUAGAAAGAGCAUACAUUCAACUUUAUGGAAUAGAGCCAAAUCAGAACUACUUUGUAUAUUGAAGAAUAUUCCCCAACCUCGUACCCAGGAUAUCCUGGCUUGCGAGGUUGAAUAUUCCCAUAACAAGCCUAUACAGGUGUUUCGCAAGAUAUUGUAUAUGCAUGGCUGCAUGCGCAACCUCAUUUUAGUAAAUUACAUUUUCCGAAUUCUUUUGAAAAAAAACUGCCAAAAUGUGUAUGGCAUUGUUGAGCGUCUCAUGUAUGCAUGUUGUUAAAUGUAUUAUAUGAUUGCAUGUAGUUGUGUUGUUUAUUUUGCUACUGUAUGUAUUUUGAAGGUUUAAAAAUAAAUGUACAAAAUAAAUGUACAGUCACAAAUAAUGCAUAAAAAAGUUAUAUUGUCGUUAGAGCGAAUGAACGUUUAUAGAUUGUAGUCAAAUAACAAAACAGUUCGUAAAAUGUACCAACCAAACCGCUUGAAAAGUGGCCUGGAACGAGGUUGUGAAGUAUCUUGGGAAAUGCACAUUGCAGUUUGUACGUAUCUAUUGGAUCUUGUUUAGGACGGUCUUGAGUAAUAUUUGUCUUGAUUAAAAUGGUAAAGUCGGUGUGCAUUCUUGUUCUCUUUUUAUGAAGAACAUGGACUGGACCUUCCUGGAGUCCUGCUCAAUCUCUAUCAAGUGUACUCAUCUCUAUCCAGUCACUUCUCAAUGAAAAACCAUACCACAAUGAACCAGGAUUUGAGCAGGUACACUAUACCGUUAGUAGAAUUAGUGAAUGUUAGUAAACGAAUACCAU